AAUCCCGCAGAGUGAGCAGGAAGAGGAAGUGUUGCCAUGGAGACGGCAGCGUUAAACUCCCCCAGAUUGUUUCUGUCCAGCUGAUGUGUAUUAGCUCUGAUUUGGUUUGAGGCUUUGCAGUAAAACGUUUCUGACAGCCGCCGCGGCAAAUCCACAGGGAGACUCAACCCUGACACGACCUGUGACCCCUCCCCCCCGGGGUCAGAGGUCAGAGUGCCGCGAGAUAGAAGAGAUCUGCAAGGAAAGCUUUGGAUGGAAACGGCUCAGAAAAACAACUCCGGCGUCUUUACUUAGACUUCUAAAAUAAUGGCUCAAGUUGUUUUAGGCAAAAACUAUAAUUUCAGGAAGACGCCGCCGGUCGCCACCAAACCCAGAUUCUCCGUCUGUUUCACCUCCUUCUGCAGGAUGGAGCAGAUUCUCACUGCAGAAGAGAUGCUGUUUAUGAAUGGACUGAGUGAAAAUGUUGCAGAACUGAACUGUGAUAAACAGCCCUCAUUCGACUGGCCCACUCAGGGAUCCGAGCUGCAGUACUGCAGUCUGACCAGCAGGGGGCAGAUCGACUCACACGCUGCCGCUGCUAGCUCCGUCCAUCCUCUGGUCCCCCUCCUCCUCCACAGCGACAGACACCUCCCCCUCCGCUCCCCCUACAGCCAGCCAAUCAGCAGGCCCGAUGCCCGGCAGACCGACCCUCCCUCCUGGACACGCCCCUGUUACCACGGCAACAGCGUUUCCAGGCAGUCGGUGAAGAAGCCGCUGAACGCCUUCAUGCUCUACAUGAAGGAGACGCGACACAAAGUGCUGCAGGAAGGACAGGAGAAGGAGAGCUCCGCCAUAAACCGCAUCCUGGGACGCCGGUGGCGCGCUCUGCCUCGAUCGGAGCAGUCCCGGUUCUACGAUCUGGCCCAGAAGGAGCGGCGGCUGCACAUGCAGCUCUACCCCGGCUGGUCCGCCAGGGACAACUACGGAAAGAGGAAGAGGAAGCAGCUGGCGGGAAGCUCUUCCAGGUCAGAGGUCAUCUGCAGCCAGGUGUAGUUCAAUGAUCUAGCUAAGAGUCAGACAGCAGCUGCUGGUAAAGAUUUUAUAGACGAUAAUCUGAAACUCUCCACUGAUGUACAGUAAAAAUGAGACGUGGUAAAUGUUUUGGAAUAUUGCAGCGUUAAGAUCUGAUUUGAUGAUAGCAACGUUCUUUAUUGUUCAAAUAAUGUUAGGCAAUCCUGAUCAGAUAUUGAUAUUGAAUAUCGGUCUGAUAUCGGCCAAAGAAAUGAGCAUCAGAUUUAAAAGGAAUGGAUCAAUAAUCUCAGACAGAAGCUGCUCCAGAUUUUGUGACCCGGUUCAUAAUAAAUGGGUCAGAUGUUUUCAUAAUGCUGUUGAUUAUCAUGUUUGGUUUGAGUAAUUUUAAUUGAUGAAUCGUCUCACUUUUCACAAUACAAAAUAAAUAUUAAAUCUAAGUUUCAUCCUGAUACUGAAUCAGAUAAAUAUCGGUAUGAUCACAGCUGUGAUAUCAGUAUUGAUUUGGAAAUGAAACGGUUUUUAUCGAAACACUUCUUCAUAUUAUGAGUGUGGAAUCAAUUUAAAUGUUUUAUUUUUAUAAAAAUUCACAUUUAAUUAAAUAUUUUCCGUUUAAUUCAUGUAAUCCAGAUAAAUCAUUUCAUUCCCGACUGGAAUUCAACCAACAACCUGACAGACCUGAAUGACCGUUUUGUUACUUUAGUUUAAAAUGAAUCUGAACAGGCUCAAAAAUAUUCAUACACCUCUAUUAAAGCUUCACCACAUCCUGGAUUUCUCUACGGUAUUCCAUCGCUCUCGUCUUUCACACUCCACUCCAGAAGGUGGCAGUGAUGCAGCUUCACUGGUUCAAC